UUUCAUAGUCUUUCGUAUUCUGCUUAAACGAUGUUCAUCGGCCGAUCCUAAAACGCCGUCGUAUUCGUCUGUGUACAUUAUCUUCGUUUCUAAUCAUCCCUGUCUGUCUCUGUCUGUCUCUUCGUUGAUUCGCGAAGGAAGAAAUGUUGGGGAAAGAUUUAUCCUUUUCUAAAACCCUAAACCCUAGCUUCUCCCUCUUCCCUCUCUCCACCCCUAAAUCUCCACCCAACUCCUCCGCACGAAGAACCGUAUCCGUCUCGCCCCUCACCAAGACGAACUCUCCGUUAAGCGUCAAAAGCUCCGACCUUUUCCUCCCAAAAGAUGGCGGCUUCUUCCGGCGAGACGUUCGCGCACUAGCGGGGCGGAGCAAGAAGAAACCCGGAGGAGGCUCGUCGGGCGGGAGGAUAGAAGGAGACUCGGACGCGAGGAAGCAGGCGAAGCGCAACGCUCGGGAGAAGUCGAAGAAGCUAGCGGAGUCUCUGUUCUACCGCCUCUACAACAACCCCGACAAGACUCGGACCAGCAUCCUCAGCAGCCACCCGGACAAGUUCACGGAGGACGAGCUGGAGAUGAUCGGGCUCGGCUACGACAGGAUGGUCCGGUUCAUGGAUAAGGACGACCCGAGAUUACGCCAUCCUCACGACUGGUUCAAGUACGGCGAGUUUGGUCCGUACUCGUGGCGUGGUGUUGUCGUUGGGGAUCCGGUUCGAGGGACGAUCUCUGACGAGUGUGUGACUAUGAUCGGGGAGGUGGAUAAUCACGAGGGGUUUGAGAAGAUUGAGCAGCAUGAGAUGAAUGUCGCGUUUCAGAAACGGGUCAAGGAGUUGGAUUCGGGUGGGGUUGGUUUGAGGUAUUUUUGGGUUUUCGUUAGGCAUCCUAAGUGGAGGUUGAGUGAGUUGCCGUGGGAGCAGUGGACGUUGGUGAGUGAGGUUGUUGUGGAGGUGGAUAAGAAGAAGAGGCUUGAUAAGUGGAACUUGAUGGGGAGGUUGGGGAACAAGUCGAGGUCUUUGAUAUGUAAGUGCGCGGCUUGGUUUAGGCCUGAUAUUGUCUAUGUGAAGAAGCCUGUGUUUCAGUGUAGGUUCGAGCCUCAGGAGGAUUUUUUCAACUCGAUUAUGCCUUAUUUGAACCCUGUGACGGAGGCUGGGUACGUGUUUGAGGUGGAGGAUGAUGAUGGUGGGGUGGAGUUUAGUACUUACUACGGUGGGUUGUGUAAGAUGUUGAAGGUGAGGCAGACGGCUUUUGUGGAUGAUGUGGUGAAGGCUUAUGAGAAGUGUAGCGAUGAGAAGAAGUCUAGGGUUUUGAAGUUUUUGCUUGGGAACCAUCCUGUUGAGCUUUUGCAUCCGUAUACGAAAGAGUGGAAAGCGAAGCUGGAGGAGAUGGAGCUAGGGUGUGAUGCUCCGGAUGAGGAGGAGGAUGAGGUGAUUAAUAGUGGGAGCUCGGAGAAGGCUGAGUUUUCUGAAUGGGUUGAAGAUGAAGGUGAUGAUAGCGAGAUGGAGGAGGAAGAAGAAGAAGAUGAAGAUGAUAACAUGGUUGUGGAUGUGGAAGGAAACGUGGAGGAAGACAGUUUUGAAAGUGAAGCAGAUGAGGCUGAUCCGGAAGAGGAUGAGAGGUAUUGGGAAGAGCAAUUCAAGAAAGCGACAAGCAACGCAGAGAGGAUGGAGAAGCUUGCGGAGAUGAGCAUGGCGGUGUCAGAUAAGUUUUAUGAGAAGCAGUUGAAGGCAAUGGCGGAAAGAGAAGAUGAUGGAGAGAUGGGAUUGGGAGGAGAUGAGUUGGAGAUGAGAGGUAAGAAGGCGAAAGUGAAGCCAGAGGAAUGGAAGACAGUAGGAUAUGGAAGGUGGAUGAAGAAGAUAAAGAAGAGUAGAAUCCCACCUGAGCUCUUUCUUCGUGCUGCUGUUAGGCCCUUUGUUUACAGAAACCUUGUGAAAGAGAUUGUUCUGACAAGACACGCCAUUUUAGAAGGCGAGAUUGGUCAGAAAGAGUGAUAACAACCAGUUCAGGUCUUGUCUAUUUUGAUUAUUAGAAUGAAACGGCUGAAAGAAUGAUAUGUAUGUUACUAGAGCAUGAAGAAGAGAUUAUCCAAGAACUUUCCAACCUCAUGUAAAAUUAAUCGAAACAUUUUUUGUUGUCAA